CUGUGAUUCAACUCUUCACUCUCUGCCGAAAUCCAACCAGCUCCCAAACUGAGAGGAACUUUGAUUUCCAUUCGGCUGCCGAGUUUCCCUCUCGAGUGGACUGCAUCUUGGAAUGACCUCUUUGGCGAUGCCUGUGCCUUCCAGAGACAGGAGCCUGCUUCCCAGGCACCACCGCUCCCGCUCCUGCAGCCCUUUCAGCCCGCUCCUGCCUGGCGCCGUGGAGCCGCCGUCCAUCAAGGGCCUUUACUACCGCAGGGCCCGGCGGGUGGGCGCCCGGGACGCCUCCCCGGCGGCCGACCUGAAAAAGGAGAUCCUGGUGAAUGUUGGGGGCCGGAGGUACGUCCUCCCCUGGAGCACGCUGGACGACUUUCCACUGAGCCGCCUGAGCAAGCUCAAGCUCUGCCGGAACCACGAGGAGAUCGCGCAGCUCUGCGACGACUACGACGAGGACAGUCAGGAGUUCUUCUUCGACAGGAGCCCCAGCGCUUUCGGCGCCAUCGUGAGCUUCCUGGCGGCCGGCAAGCUGGCCCUCCUGCGGGAGAUGUGCGUGCUGUCCUUCCGGGAGGAGCUGACCUACUGGGGGAUCGAGGAGGCCAACCUGGAGAAGUGCUGCCUGCGGGAGCUGCUCAAGAGGCUGGAGGAGCUGGCCGAGCUGCGCAGGGAGGAGGAGCUGCAGCGGCAGAGGGACGCGGGCGGCCCGGCCGCCGCCACCUCGCGCUGGGGGCUCUGCAUGCACUGGCUGCGGGAGACGGUGGAGAACCCGCAGUCGGGGCUGCCCGGGAAGGUCUUUGCCUGUCUGUCCAUCCUCUUCGUGGCCACCACGGCGGUCAGCCUGUGUGUCAGCACCUUGCCCGACCUGAGGGCCGAGGAGGACAAGGGUGAGUGCUCUCAGAAAUGCUACUAUAUCUUCAUCGUGGAGACCGUCUGCGUGGCCUGGUUUUCCCUGGAGUUCUGCCUGCGGUUUGUCCAGGCCCAGAACAAGUGCCAGUUCUUCCAGGGGCCCCUGAACAUCAUCGACAUCCUGGCCAUCUCCCCCUACUACGUGUCCCUCGCGGUGUCGGACGAGCCCCAGGAGGACGGCGAGAGGCCGGGCGGGAGCUCCUACCUGGAGAAGGUGGGGCUGGCGCUGCGCGUGCUGCGGGCGCUGCGCAUCCUCUACGUGAUGCGCCUGGCGCGCCACUCGCUGGGGCUGCAGACGCUGGGCCUCACCGUGCGCCGCUGCACGCGCGAGUUCGGCCUGCUCCUCCUCUUCCUCUGCGUGGCCGUCACCCUUUUCUCCCCUCUGGUCUACGUGGCCGAGAAUGAGUCCGGCCGGGUCCUGGAGUUCACCAGCAUCCCGGCCUCCUAUUGGUGGGCCGUCAUCUCCAUGACGACCGUGGGCUACGGAGACAUGGUCCCGCGCAGCGUGCCGGGCCAGAUGGUGGCCCUCAGCAGCAUCCUGAGUGGGAUCCUCAUCAUGGCCUUCCCAGCCACGUCCAUCUUCCACACCUUCUCGCACUCCUACCUGGAGCUCAAGAGGGAGCAGGAGCAGCUCCAGGCCCGCCUCCGCCGCCUGCAAAACGUCGCCACGGCCAGUGAACACCAACUCCUGAGUGAUGUCGACGACCUGAUCCUGGAGGGACCCGCCUCGCCCAUCGCAUACAUUUAA